UGCUGUGUUUGUGUGGGUGUCUUCCAUAAACCAGUGAGACAAUGAAGUCUGUUCUUGGAUUAUUCCAGAAAAUAAACAGUGAGCAGCUAAAGUUUCUGAUCCUUCAGGUUUAGUUGAUCAGAUGAUCUUCACAGAUGAACACCACUGUUCUGAUGUUUGAAGCCUAAAUCCAAUCUCCAGAAGUAAGAAGCUAAUGUUAGGCUAUAAACCAACUACACCACGGUCACAUGACGUCAACGUCUCCACCACUAAGCUUCCAACUGGUCAUUUCAUUUAGCUCUGAGCUCUUCUACAAAAGCCUUUCUUCUUAGAAAGUUAGUGAGAGUUUGAAAGAGCGUGAGUAGAAACACAAUGAGGCUGUAAAGGUGGACUGGUGAGUAGAUGGGUUUUCAUGUUAACGUCCCCGACAACCUCUGUAGUCUCAUUUAGACACUCGUUAGCAACCGCCUGUUUUAAGACACGUAAAAGCUUCAAACAUCAGGAGUGGGGGAUUUACUGACCCAUUUUAUGUCGGAGAAUAAAACCUGAAAAUGUCUUGAGCUUGUGUUAAAACCACAGACCUUAUUGGGAUGAGGUAACAGGAAGUGCUAACAUGCUCUCUGUUUGACCUGGCACUGCUCAGGUGAAGCCAGCAUCAUGUUGGAGGCAUUGCCAGGUAGGAACUUCUCCCACAGCAGCUUUGUGUUCAGAGGUUUCCCUGAGCUGCAGAGACACAGCUGGCUGCUGGUGCUUCCCUUCUCUGCCUCUUACCUGUCAGUGCUGCUGGGAAACUCUCUGCUGGUCCACGUCAUCCGCAGCGUGGACAGUCUGCACAGCCCCAUGUACCUCCUCAUCUGCACGCUCUGCAUCGUUGACAUCCUCAUCGUGACCACCAUCAUCCCCAACAUGCUCUUCAGCCUCCUGUUUGACUGGUACAAGAUCUCAUUAGCUGGCUGCUUGAUUCAGAUGUUCUUCACUCACUUCCUGUCCUCAGUGGAGUCUACGCUGCUGCUGGCAAUGGCAUUGGACCGCUACGUGGCCAUCUGCAAACCUCUGCGCUACACCAAGAUCAUUGACUCGUCCAUGUUCGUGAAGCUGCUGCUCUUCACUCUGGUGCGCAGUGUCUCCAUCAUGGCCACACUGGUUGGUUUGGCAGGUUCACUGUGGUUCUGUGACUCCAAUGUGAUCCAGCACUGCUACUGCGACCACAUGGCACUGGUCAGUCUGGCGUGUGACAGCACUGAGAGAAACAGCGCAAUGGGCCUUGCCGUGAUCGUCUGCUUUGUGGGUGUUGACAUAUCGCUCAUCUUCCUCUCCUACAUUAAGAUCCUGAGUGUCGUCCUGCGAGCAGCAGCCGGCGAGGACCGUUGGAAGGCGUUUCACACCUGCGGCACUCACCUGCUCGUUAUGAUGAGUUUCUAUUUGGUGGGCAGCAUCACCUUCCUGUCUCAUAACCUCAACAUCCCCAUACCGACGGGGGUCAACACCUUCAUGGGACUCAUGUACAUUCUGUUCCCAGCCACUGUCAACCCGAUUAUCUACGGUGUUCGGACUAAAGAAAUUCGGAACGGGUUUUUCAGGAUUUUUAAACUCAGAGUGAAGAAAAUAAUGACAAUAAAGGUUUCUCCUGCUGGCAAAGGACAAAUGUGACAAAGGUUCACGUCCUGCAGAUCCUCAAGCUCUGCAGCUUCGUCCACAUCCAGACUGACUGUGGUGGUUCCUGAACAAACCUCCGUCAGCUGAAGUCCACGUUGUGGUUCGAGGUGGUGGCGAACUGUUCCAGAUCAACCAAUGUUGGCAGUAUUGUUGUUUAUAAAGACCCUCUGAUAUGACACAUCAAAACUAAUCUCAACACAACGUUACUCCUGCUCAGUCCCUAAUGGAAACAUGUAGAACAAAGUGACAUUGGAGGCAUGCUACCAGCCGUCGUUAAGAUACAGUGACCGCUGGUUCAACACUUCAGCCGGCACGAGAGUGGACAGCUGCUCUGUCUGAAAACACAACUGAUGUCUAGGCUGUGGUAUUCUAGCUUUUUACAGCCCGGCAGGACGCAGAGAGAGGAUGAACAUGAACGAGAACACAAACACAGCACCACCGA